AUGGAAGCGUUCGUGGUCCGCAGCGAACCGUAUUACCGGCCGGUUGCCGACGAGGUCGAGUUGUUCACCGGGGCAUACAACCAGCGCAUCCCGGUGCUGCUGAAGGGGCCUACCGGCUGCGGCAAGACGCGGUUCGUGGAGUACAUGGCGUGGAAGCUGGCCCGGCAACUGCACGUCGUGAGCGGCCAGGACACGUCACCAUCCGGCGACGUACAACUGCCCCUCGUCACCAUCGCCUGUCACGAAGACCUGACCGCCAGCGACCUUGUCGGGCGCUACCUGCUGGAUGCCACCGGCACCCGCUGGAUUGACGGCCCCAUGACGCGCGCCGUCAAAACCGGUGCCAUCCUCUAUCUCGACGAGGUGGUCGAGGCCCGCAAGGACACCACGGUUCUGAUUCACCCCCUCACCGAUCACCGACGCCUGCUGCCCGUCGAAAAACGCGGCUCCGUCAUCGAAGCGGACGACCGCUUUCUGCUGUGCGUCUCCUACAACCCUCGCUAUCAGAGCGCCCUCAAGGACCUCAAGCCCAGCACCCGCCAGCGCUUUAUCGCCAUCGAGUUCGACUACCCGCCGCCGCACAUCGAGGCCGACAUCAUCCAGCGCGAAAGCGGUUGCAGCGCCGCCAGGGCCGAAACCCUGGCGCGGCUUGGCGUCAAGGUGCGCAACCUGCGUGAGCACGGCCUGCAGGAAGGCGCCAGCACCCGCCUGCUGAUCUACGCCGCCCGCCUCAUGAACGAGGGGCUACCCGCCCGCCGCGCCUGCCAGGUGGCGCUGGUGUGGAGCCUGACCGACGACGCCGAGUUGCAACAAAGCAUCGCCGAAGUCGUCGGCGCCGUCGUCGAGUAG